UAUUCGUAGCUAAACUUUUGCUUUAGUCAUAAUUUAGAGCUAUUUUCUGGGAAUGAACAAAUGGACUAUCGUGCACGAGCGUUUUAUUUUAUUAAGAGAGUUGCUUCUUAGGCAGAGAGGUUUCUCUCUCCCAAGCUCCUUUUAAUAAAACAAUUAUAUGCGGACGAGAUGACGUGAUAGUAUAAUAAUUUAUGCAUAACCUAUACCACUUAUGAACGCUAUUGACGCCCACAUAUACGUCGGCUUGUCCAACGUUAAAUUAGGUGUACAUAUAGUCUGAGUUCGAAUAACAUUUUUUCGUGUGGAUGUUAUUAAGAUAUAUCUAGUCUAGUGCGUUACUUGCAUGGUCUUUCGAAUGUUGUUUUUAUUCAGCAAACAAUACCGGCGGACUAUUAACUGACGAGUUUGGAGUCCAGGUAAACAGCGUGAACUCGACAAUCCGUCAAGCGUGACGCGAUUAACACCGGCAACACCGAGGUACUUAUUGCGUCAUGGUAGAUAAUCGAACACCCAUUAACUCGGAAAAUAAGUAUUGUAUGGUAAAUGCGGAUCAGGACAACCCAAGGGAAACACGCACGAAAGAAAUAAUGCCUUCGGAGCUGAGGUCGAUCAGCGUGGCUGACUGGCUCACAGUCACGGUCCUCUGUUUCGUAAAUCUUAUAAAUUAUAUGGACCGCUUCACGGUUGCUGGAAUAUUGACGUACAUCAAGCAUGACUUUGAUAUCGGUAAUGAUAAGUCUGGGCUACUGCAAACAGCAUUUAUUUUGAGCUACAUGGUGUUUGCGCCGUUAUUUGGAUAUUUAGGAGAUCGUUACAAUAGAAAAUUUAUUAUGAGCGGUGGUGUAUUUUUAUGGUGCCUAACAACAUUUAUUGGUUCUUAUAUGAAAACCUUUGGAUGGUUCCUAUUCUUUAGAACACUUGUUGGCAUAGGAGAAGCUAGUUACUCUACAAUCGCGCCAACAAUUAUUAGUGAUUUAUUUAUAAAAGAUGUACGUUCUAAGAUGCUCGCCCUAUUUUACUUUGCUAUUCCAGUUGGAAGUGGUUUAGGAUAUAUUACUGGAGGUGAAACAGCUCGUAUUACUGGUCAGUGGCAAUGGGGGUUGCGUAUUACUCCAGUAUUAGGAAUUGUAGCGAUCCUUCUAUUACUUUUUGUAGUAAGAGAUCCUAUUAGAGGUGAACGUGAAGGAGGUGUUCAUUUGACAAGUACCACAUGGUCAUACGAUGUCAAGCAGUUAUUAAAGAAUUCAAGUUUUAUGCUGUCUACUGCAGGAUUUACUUGUGUAGCGUUUGUCACUGGUGCACUGGCAUGGUGGGCGCCAAUAUAUCUACAAUUAGGUUUCCAAUUACUUCCUUAUGGAGCAAAUGUUGAUCCAGAAGAUGUUGCAUAUAAGUUUGGUUUAAUUGGUAUGGCAUCUGGUCUAAUAGGUGUACCUUUAGGCUCUGCUAUAGCACAAAAAUUACGAACUUACUGGCAACAAGCUGAUCCUCUGAUAUGUGCCGUAGGCCUUUUAAUAAGUGCUCCUCUAUUAUUUUUUGCUAUGAUUACUGCCAAUACAAAUUCUACUCUUUGUUACAUAUUAAUAUUUUUUGGUCAGUUAUCACUAAAUUUAAAUUGGGCUAUUGUAGCAGACAUAUUACUGUAUGUAGUGAUUCCCACAAGAAGGUCCACAGCAGAAGCAUUCCAAAUACUCAUUGCACAUGCUCUAGGAGAUGCAGGCAGUCCUUAUCUUAUUGGACUUAUAUCAGAAGGAUUAAAGUCCACAUUCUUGUCGGAUGUAGGAAGACAAUCUGAUAUUUAUGAUAGUCAAAAUAUAAGCAUCGAGUUCCAUAGUCUACAAUAUGCAAUGUUUCUUACAAUGUUUGUAGAAGUAUUCGGUGCUCUAUUCUUCUUCCUGACAGCAUUGCAUAUACAGAAGGACAAGGCAUUAGUCGAUCUUGCUAUUGCGGGUGGAAGUCUUUCCGAUUCAGUGUGUAUUUGCAACGAUGCAGUUAACAGCGAAUUACAAAAUGAUACAAAUACUAUACUGGAAUUUAACAGACAUGUGGAACCAUCCGACUAGAUUUUUGUAGGGUCUUAAUAUUUUAAAUAAGGUAUGAAUGUAUUGUUACGAAUGUACAGUAUGUGUGAUUCUAUCAAACAUAAAUAUUUGUUUUUAUGAUGUAAAAUGUUAUUAAUGCAAAGAUACAUGUAUUAUGUGCAGAAUGUAUAUUUGCAAAGAAAAUUUUCAUAUAAUCAUAGUAAAGAGUACCCUCAGAGAGAUAGUCGCGAGUUACCACCGUUAAUAAUGUACAGUACGAUAGAUUUGCAAACAAUGAAGCAAAUAAUGAAUUAGAGUUUGGAUGAAAAAAAAAGAGAGAUGCAUUAAAUUGUACAAUAUUUUUAAAUGUUAUAUUUUUUAACUCGUGUUGCAAAUUUAUGUAAUGUAUUACGAAAUCAUCACAUAAU